AUGCACUGCCUGCGGUCGUGCAACCCCUUCGCCGAAGCCGACGAGGACACUGGAGAACAGUCCAAGGCUCCUGACUACAUCCAUAUUCGGAUUCAGCAACGAAAUGGACGUAAGACCUUGACCACUGUUCAGGGCAUUCCUGCAAAGUUCAGCCGCAAGAAGAUUCUCGCCGUCGUCAAGAAGAAGUUUGCCUGCAAUGGCACCAUCGUCAACGAUGCCGAGAUGGGAGAGGUGAUCCAGCUCCAGGGCGACCAGCGCAAGGAUUUCCAGGAAUUCCUCACCAGCAAGGACGGUCUUGAGCUCGACCCCAAGACCAUCAAGGUCCACGGUUUCUAA